AAGUAUCAAAUAAAGAAAUGAUUAGUUAACUUGUCCCAAAAAGAAGAACACUAAACAUGAGGUUAGAUAAUAGAAAUUUCUGAUUCGGUUUUAUCACUCGAAAUACAAUGUGGAAUAAAAUCGAUCAAGCCGGAAGUAAACCUUUUAGAAUUUCUUAACAAAACCUGUUUUCCCACAGCAGACGUAAAAUCAAUAGCAGUAUUGUUCUCAAUCUUUCCUUGACUCCGCUUUACCGCAGUUGGACAGAGCAAUGACUGAUUGAUUACAUGUUGGAUAUCUAAAUGCACAACAGAAAUAUAUUCCUAAAGGUAGGAAUAGUGGAAUAUGAUAGCUUCGAACAAACAAAGAACUUGAAUGAUGCUACUCCAUGCAAUCUUUAUGCAAGAACCAUUUUCUUCAGAACUUGUACCGGAAAAUAGAUGGCGCUUUACUUUGGUCGCAAAAUGAGAGAAAUUUGGACUGCAUCAUAACAUUUCAAACUCAUUCGAUUCUUCAGAGAUUCAUGCUUCGAUUUGAUUUUCUUCAGUUAGAUUGUAAUGAUCAUUUAUAUAUCUACGACGGCGCUCAUGCAGUAGGAACAUAUAAAUUUGAUCUAUCUUGCAAGAAUACGAAACAAAACCUUGGGGCCAUGUUUACACGUACUAAUUACGUUACGCUCAAGUACGUUACAGAUGCGUGGGGUACAGACUCCAACGGAUUCAAACUUGUUAUCACAGCUGUCAAAGAUCCCAAGCACGCCUGCACAGAGUAUCGUUGCAAUUUGAGGGAAUUUUGUAUAGCAACUGAGCUUGUAUGUGAUGGCAUCAACCACUGCGCUGAUGGAUCCGAUGAAACCUCUACGAAUCUAUGUCAAAAUAACGAUACUGGAAUGAUUUUGGGAUUGGAAAUGACAUGGUUUGUCGUUGUUGUUGUUAGUGCUCUGUUAGUCCUUUUGGUCCUUAUUGUAGCCGUCUCUGUGUGCAUCUGCAGAAUGGGAUGGCCACAUUCCUCCUCUGGAAAUGGUACAGUGCAACAGCAAAAUGCUUCCUAUUCUCUUCAACAAAUGUACGGCUCUAACGGCGCCAUGAAGUCUAGCACCGGUAGCAUGACGACGUUAACGGUAACAACGACGGGCGGUGGUCCAGGUGGAGACGGCGGUAUCCACCAGCACCAACAGCCGGGAAACUGGUGCCACCCUGCGGGCCCACUAGGGUUCCGCCUCAGCACGCCGGUCCGGGUCCGCCUCUACUGCCAGGCAAAGUGAGAUUAGCACCUCCCGUCAAUGGCGGAGGAGCUGACACCGAACACGUCUCUUCUAGCCAGAAAGACGAGUGGUUCGUCUAGCAGUAGAGUCGACCGGGUCGAAGCCUGCAGGGUGAGUCGAACGCAGAACCCAUCGUUCGGCCAUUAGCACUUUUAUGUAUUUCUUAACUACAUCGACAAUCCACGGGACAAAUUUUCUUAUCGCCGUGCGAUUGCUUGGAUAUUAAAUUAAGUGUAAGGACAUUAUUAAUUAUUACAUAAUUAUCUGUAAAACAGACAGUGCAAUUUUCAGUGAGUAUUUUCAAUGCCGUUUGGCUCAUUAAUAAUCAAAGACUGAUUGAACAACAAUUAUUAUUUUGACAAUAAAUUGUGGUGAAUGAAAAUAUUUGAUAUGCUCGCUAAUAACUAUUUGUACAUCUCAUAAAAGCUUGUGAUUGUAUGAUGAUAAACAGUAAUACCGUUAUUAUUUUUUUGUAAUGAACCAAACGAUAUUAACAAAUAACUCCUAAUCAUUCUAACAACCUCAUUAUCUCCUUAUAAUUACUUUUUAAUUGGAAAAUCUCAACCAAAAAGGUAGGUCUUAGAAUAAAUGGAGACAUUUUGUGAGAGACAAUAUGUAUUAAUAUCAGUACUAUCUAGUAUAUCUGAAAUUACCCUUAUCAGUGUGAAGAUGUAGCCUAAACUAGCUAAUAGGUAUAUUAAAUAACUAGGUAAUUAUUUUGGAGAGUCAUUUAGGUAGCCAAUACAUUUAUUGAGUCCAGUAAGUCCAGCAGGAAAUUAUGGGAAACAUUUUUCAGUAGGAUAAUCUCGCAAUGUGGAUAUAAUAUAUUCCGUUAGAGGCGCUGAUGCUAACUGCUGUUGACAACUAACUCACAGAACGUGAUUUUUUACGCUUCAUGUGACGUUUUGAUAAACAUCACAUAACGUUUUAAAGAAACGUUACGUUAACAACAUGUGCUACGUCCAACGUAUAAUGUCACACGUCACAGUUUAUCCAUGUAGUAUAUUUUGAACUUUUUAAAACGUUCAUGGCUAAUACGUGCAAGUAUAGAAAAAUCAAGAAACAUUACAUUGAAAUGGAUGAAAUUUUGGUACCGUAAAUGAACUAGCCACGUUAUCAAUGAUAGAUGUUUGGCUACCUUAUUUGAAAUUUUGUAUAUGUAUGAAAAAUUUUUUGAGAAUUAGGAUUGCGUUUGUAAAGUCACACAGCUCUGUACUGCCGAUAAUGUGAAAAAGAUUUAUAGCUGACGACGCAAAAGAAAUAAACAAAUUAAUAAAAGCCUCACUAAUUUAUAAAUCGACACAAAAAUAAGUUAUUUAAAUUAAGCUAUAGUUCUUCAAUUUCUUGAACAGAAUAACGGCCGGUUUAAACUAUUUCCUGUCAAAUAUUUGAGAAAAACUUGAAAUUCUAAUCGUAUUAAUUACAUAUGUAUAAGUAGUAUUAAAUUGAUUCUUCAAUAAUUCUUUUCUUCUAGACAUGUAUAUACAUCAUCCAUAUACAUUGAUUAUUUGUCUAUCUACUGCCGUUUUCGAAGUAAUGGUGUACAAAAAAAUAUUUCACCUUCAUAUCAAACCUGUGAUUAGUUGAUGAUUUUAGCUAUGAAUAUGAUGUCAAGGGCGUGGUGAACGACAUUUGGUUCAUAACAUUAGCCUUUCGAAUCUAUACUGAAAUUUUUUUUUGACACGUAACUGAACUAUAUGCAUCCAAAUAAUAUCAAAUUUCCAGUAGAAAUAAACGUUAUUCUUACAAUCGGCAUUUUUACCAAACUAUUAAGUUUUCAUUUUAUUUCGUGUAUUCCGAAAAUACAACAAAUGAAAAUCUAUAAAAAAUAUUGAUUUUUGAUUAAUCACUUUUCGAAUCUGAGCUCUCCUUUUUUUACAUAUAUUAUUAUUGUUUUAAUAUCUUUAUUGAGUAAAUGUUUAGUCCAAGCCUAAUACUUCUUUCUAUAUAUUAAUAACAUGUUAAUUAUCAUAUCUCUUUCCACUAAUAUAAUUUUAUAUGUUUUCCAUCUGUCCGAAAUUAACUCAAUAGCAUUAAAUUUACCAUAGUAAGAUCUACCCCAAUAGAAAGCUAAGAAUGAUAUUCGUUCAAUAAAAAUAAAUCAAUUGUUGAAGGUGGAUAUUGAAGGUAUUAAAUGACAAAUCUUCCAAUUUAGAUAACUUAUUUCAGUCUUUUAAAAGUUGUAAAAUUCAUUUUGAAGAAAUAUAUCAUAUUUAAUUAUAUCUGCAAGGUGUGCUGUUCGCUUUUCAAAGAUAACUGGACCAAAUGUGCAAAUCACCAGUGUAUAUAUUAUUUCAUACUAAGCUAAAUUUACUUUUUUCACAAAAAUCCAAUGAAAACCAAUCAUAUACGAAAUGUUUAUUUGAAAAAUGGUGCAGAUUGAUCAACUGUAAUGAUCUGCUAGAAUAAAACGUUUCUUCCUUUAAUUCGUUGGCGUCCUCAGAUCAAACUUGAAUUAGUUUACAUAAUUGAUGUAUAGAAACAUUUUCUAUGCGUUUGAUCACUAUUUGCUUUCAAUAUGACAGAUUUUAUAAUGACGUUGCGUAUUGCUGUUUGGAGAUUGCUAAGGAAAGUAAAAAAAUUCUAAUACGCACACAAUCCAUAGACAAAUACGAUGACACGAUGUAAUGUAAUAGGAUAGACAAGGAACACUUCUAUUUGUAUAGCACUACAAAGUCUUAAAAGGACUACAAUGUAUGUAGGUUAAUAAAAAAUACUCUAGACGAAUCUUAUGAAAAUGGUCGAAAAUUAUUUAGGACUACGUCUUGCUUUAGUCUGUUUCUGUGUACUUACCACUUCCUUCGAACAAUUAAUAAUUUAAAAAAACUGAUUAAAAACAAGCCCGAAGUUUAAAGCUAAGUAUUUUAUUAGAAAAAUUAUAAAACACUGGUAAAAGGGGAAAAAUAAAUAUUUUUUCUCGACUAUUUCCAUAAAACCGUUCCUUACGUAAGUAAAUGUAUAGAAAAAUAUAAUUUUUGUUAUAAUCGUAAGUUUUCAUGUAACAAGUUUCAGUGAAACUUUUAUUUAAAGGGUAGUUGUCCUACAUUAAUAUGCGUGAAUGAUAUAAACUGAAAAUAGAUUAUUUUAUGUCACCUGGUAUAACAAGUAUUGGCAACGCAAAAUUUCCUAUUCAGGAGCAGUAUUGAGGUAGGAUUUUGAUUAUUAAAUAUUAAUUUGUCUUUAAUAUCUUUUUAUAUGUUGUAAAUAGAAGUCUGUGUAGUAGAACUUGAAUCACUAAAAAUUGUAGAUAUUCGAGUAAUAUGUAAAAGAACAAAUAAUGCAUGCCAUAAAAUCAAAUCUUUAAUAUACUUUAUAUAUACUCAAAACCCCUAGACUACGCCACUUUCCAAGUGUAAUUCAAGUUAUUAGGGCACUUCUUGAUGUUUACAAGCAUUGCUCGAGUUAAUAUGACAACAUUUUUUGGACUUUCGAUUUAACUGCGAUGAUAUGAAUUAUUGAGCAUACCUAUUACCCUGCCGAUGAAUGUUCUAAACAUAUUUGGCCACAGAAUGAGCACGCUUUGUUUUUAUCCCCUCAACCAAUAAAUUCAUUGCAAAAUUAUGUCAUUCAUUAACUACAUCUGCAUCAUAUUGACUCGAACAAGUUUUUUUCGCCACAUCUACAUACAAUCAAUAAAAUUCUUUUCAAUAUAAAUGUUUGAGCUCAACAUCUCCAUUUAUUCAUCUAGUGAAUUUUAAAGAAGGUAUUUGCUUAUAAGGACACGUCCCAAAAAUUUUCUUGCUUUAUAUCUAAGGAAUUUGCUAAUUUAAUAAAGUUUGUUUUAAACAAUGAUGAUUAUUUGGCAUGCAUUCAACUUGCCAAAUAUUGUAAUCUGUAUUAUGAUCUUUCUACUGCUACUAACCAGUAUUCUUAGUGUAUUCACUGAAAUUUGUUUAUAUUUGGUGUCUCAGAAGUUUAUUCUUUGAAAUGACGAGUAAGUAUACAAGGUGAGGAUGAUGAUGCUAUAUAAGUGGCAUGUAAAGUGUAUAUUAUUUGUUUUUAAAUAUCACAAGAGGUUAUAAACUUUUUCUUAUCGAGGAGCAGAAGAAGCAAAAGGGAUAAGUGCCAAAAUUAUUAAAGAGGAAUUUAUAAAUAAAGACUUCACGUAGAAAAAGAACUCUUUAUAGGCAAUUAUCCGUUAAGUACAUUAUUCUUGUUCUCACUAACCUUAUUUAUCUGAUAGGUGGUUAAUUAUAAUAUUAUCCGGUUCUUUGAUAUACCGGUGUUUGUUAAUCUACUUUUGGUUGGAUAACUUUGCUAAUAUUUACUUGAGAAAGAUUUAAGGGCCGCUUCUAGAUCAAUGAACUUCGAAUCGAUCUGUAUGUGUACUCGAUAGUAGUACAUUAUGUAAGUUUUUUGGUACCAUGGUACGCUUUUUUUAGAUUAUGGCGGAAUCCCCAUCGCACUGACCACUUAACAGAUAUCUAUGUUUAAAUGGAGUCCAAAACUCACCAAAAAUAUUCCUGUUUGACUUCUUUCAGUCUGCGCUUUUCAUUCGUAAAAAACGAGGAGUCACAUUUACAUCUGGCGUUACUUUUAGGUGUUUUAAUAAAACAUUUAGUACAUUUCAUCUUUUUUAUAAAGGUCUUCAAAUGUAUCCAUGAAAGUGGAUUUACAAGCAACCGCAAUAUUAUACUCUCCAUCCAUUAAUUGCAACAUCAUGAAUCCAUUCUGAAGUUCAUUAUUCGCUACAACGAUAUAUAGUAUGAACCGACGAACCACAAAGUUAUGCGUGAUACAUACUAUGACACUUGACACCUUCGAUGUAGAAACGACCACACGCUUGUAUAAAGCGCCAUCUAACAUCUGAUUGAUUUUUGACUGCAUCCAAAUUCCUGGCAUUUUUCUCGUUUGAUAGGAUAUAGUUGAUGGUAUCCUGUUUCUACAAAUACCUAAUUUUGAGAGAAAUUGGAACUCAGUCCCUUUGUUACUUUUGCUCGACCAAAACUAAUUACAUUGAUAAUGCGAGGUCAGAUAAUACGAGGUCAGAUAAUACGAGGUCAGAUAAUACGAGGUCAGAUAAUACGUAAUAAAAGAUCCAAUAUCAAGUUCCCAGCUGUCCAAAAUAAAAAUAUACUUGUCCAAAAAAUCUCUUUUAGACUGUUUGUAUAUUUGUUUUCAUAAUAAAUUUGUUUCAGUAAUUUGAAUCAAUUUUAAUGCGUGAUGUUUGUAUCUAAUAUUUGAUGUAAAAUGUAGACAUCGAUAGCUUUUGAAGACCUAUCGAGACAGAAUUCGUACAAGUUGAAUUUUUUUCUUUCUACCUACUUCUCGUUUCAACGCAUAAUUUCUGUGACACCCUCAGAAGGUGAAAAUACCUUGAAUCUAAAUUUUUCGUACAAUUUUUUACUGUAGUAUCCUUGAGUACGUCUGUACUUGUAAUCUAUAAGAAUUUCUAGUCAAACCUAGAGUGCUUACUAAGAUAAUUGAAUAUAGUAAAAAAUUGCUUAUUUUGGUAAUCAAUUGUUGCUUUUUUACAACAGCUUGUGAGCAAAUCUAAUCGUUUAAUUCAUAUCGUAUCGUUUUAAAAGCAAUAAUAAACAUAUCAAUAUAUUUUAUAUGCAGGUUAAGAGUUAGAGAACAAUAUGUUUGAUAUAAAGGGGAAGGAAAUAAACGCCAGUCAAUCAUGACAAUAAACUAAAAAAUUAACAAUUUUUUUCUCCUAUUUAUACAUCAAUAAUAUUUGAUAUCAUGCAUCAACGGUUGUUUCUCUUUCAACAUAACCUUCUUUGGCUAGUUCUAGUCAUUCAAUUCUUUUUCAAUUUAUGAGACUACAUUUCAAAAUAUUAUCUAAUUAUAUAACUAACGUUGUUACACUAAUCCUAUGCGGUGCGCCAGUUGUAAAAACAAAAGUUUUGUAGACAGUGUUAUCAAGUUUCUACAGCACAUUAAGUAUAAUUGUUAUUCAUCAAGCUCGUAUUUAUAUUAGACAUAUUGAUCCCAGGCUCUAAAGAUGUUUAAAUUUUGUAAAAUAAGCCCGCAUUUAUAUAUUUCUAGUAACUGUAGUCAUAUCUUUUGGUAUAGAAAGAUUUACUCACGAGCCGGUACGGGAUUUAAUGGGAAUGUUUUAAACAAAUUGUUAGAUGUAAUCAUUUUAUGGGCUUACAUAUUUAUCACGAAUAUAAUUAAAAAGAUCGAUUUAUUUCAUCUUUUUUAUUUAGAAAAUUCUCACAAUUAAAUCAAAGUAUCUUUCUAUCAAUACUAAUAUAGUAUGGAGAUCAAAAAUAUGAAAAAAUAAUACACAAACCAAUAUUCUGUCAGAUAUCAAAUAAUAGGCUGUAGUAAAUUCCGACCAGGUAGCAGGUAAAUGACCCCUUGGCGUGGUGAAUUGGGCAAGAGAAAAUUGAGAUGCAGUAUUUGUACAUGGAAACUGGGCCAAAUUUUAGGGUGCUAUUUUAAUACCAAAAAACCUGCAUUAGAUAUUAGAAAAUAUUUCAAUUGAGUAACGAAAAUUCAAGUAUACAACUAUCAAACUUAUAUAUUAAAAAAUGUACAAAUUCAUAGUAAUAUACCAAAAUUUGGAGAUAAUUAAAGAAAUGCUGAACUGAAAACUGAACAUUGUAAAGUACGUAACAAAAUAUUACACGACAUUCAACCAAGCAACGAUUUUACGAACUGAAACCUAUCCUAACCUUUUUGGCUGAAUUUACCACCUUUGUGAAAUUGUAGGUCAGGUAAUUAAUUUGACCGUAUUUACAUCCGUCGUAUGUGUUUAGGUUAAUCAUGGUUUGGUUAAAAAAUGCUUAAGAAGAGAUACAAAAUUCAAAUUAAAAUCUACGAAAAUUCUAAAGAUGAAAUGAAUUGAAAUAUAUAUACUUAGCUUGAUGUUACAGAUCGUCCGAAAGCUAGUAUUUUUUACAUUUCAUUCCACAAUCAUCAGUUUAGUUCAAUAUAUAACUAAUAUUGCUAGGAUGCUAGAAAAUUCAUACAAAAACCAAUUAAACCAAUAAAAAAAUCAUUUUCAUACUCAAUAAUGUGACCGACAUAUUAGUUGCAUAAUAUGAUAUUAUUUAUAUUUAUAAAACUUUUCUAACGACAAAACCGUAUUCAGUAUGGAAAUGAUAGUUGAAUACAAAAGAGUUCAAAACUUUUGACCAAAUGUUAGAAAAACAAAUUUAUGGUCCUUCUUAGCAAAAUUAUUUAUGAAAAAGUCCGUGUGUGUUUAAAUGGAGUACAGAAAAUGUUUAUUUAAUAAAAACGAAU